GACCGCCCCGCGAGUGGGUAGGCGGUGCGGAGCUCCCGGCUGGGGAAGAGCUGGCGGGAGCUGGGGGGGAGUGGCUGCGGCGGCUGGUGGUGGCCGCGGCGGCCGGCGAGCCCGGGACGCCCGAGCCUGCCCCGAGCCUCGGCGGAGCGGAGUGGCCUUGGCGCUCCGGUGUCCCGCUCGGUCCCCGCUGCACCCCGCCGCCCAGGAGCCCGGCGGACGGCGGCUCCCGCGGCGGCCCCGGCAUGACUCGGCGGCGCUCCGCUCCGACGUCCUGGCUGCUCGUGUCGCUGCUCGGUGUCGCAGUAUCCCUGGAAGUCUCUGAGAGCCCAGGCAGCGUCCAGGUGGCCCGGGGCCAGACAGCAGUCCUGCCCUGCGCCUUCUCCACCAGUGCUGCCCUCCUGAACCUCAAUGUCAUUUGGAUGGUCAUUCCCCUCUCCAAUGCAAACCAGCCCGAACAGGUCAUUCUUUAUCAGGGUGGACAAAUGUUUGAUGGUGCCCUCCGGUUCCAUGGGAGGGUAGGAUUUACAGGCACCAUGCCUGCCACCAAUGUCUCUAUCUUCAUCAAUAACACACAGCUGUCAGAUACGGGCACCUACCAGUGCUUGGUGAAUAACCUUCCGGACAGAGGGGGCAGAAACAUUGGGGUCACUGGCCUCACAGUGUUAGUCCCCCCUUCUGCUCCACACUGCCAAAUCCAAGGAUCCCAGGACAUCGGCAGUGACGUCAUCCUUCUGUGUAGUUCGGAAGAAGGCAUCCCUCGGCCCACUUACCUUUGGGAGAAGUUAGAUAAUACGCUCAAGCUACCUCCAACAGCCACUCAGGACCAGGUCCAGGGAACAGUCACCAUCCGGAAUAUCAGUGCCCUCUCUUCCGGUCUGUACCAGUGUGUGGCUUCUAACGCCAUCGGGACCAGCACCUGUCUCCUGGACCUGCAGGUUAUCUCACCCCAGCCCCGGAGCGUUGGAGUAAUAGCCGGAGCCGUCGGCACCGGUGCUGUUCUUAUCGUCAUCUGCCUUGCACUAAUUUCAGGGGCAUUCUUUUACUGGAGAAGCAAAAAUAAAGAGGAGGAGGAGGAAGAAAUUCCUAAUGAAAUCAGAGAGGAUGAUCUUCCACCUAAAUGCUCUUCUGCCAAAGCAUUCCACACAGAGAUAUCCUCCUCAGAAAAUAACACGUUGACCUCUUCCAAUACCUACAACAGUCGAUACUGGAACAACAAUCCAAAACCCCAUAGAAACACAGAGUCAUUCAACCACUUCAGUGACUUACGCCAGUCUUUCUCUGGCAAUGCAGCUAUCCCAUCAAUCUAUGCAAAUGGGAACCAUUUGGUUUUGGGUCCACAUAAGACUCUGGUAGUUACAGCCAACAGAGGGUCAUCACCCCAGGUCAUGCCCAGGAACAAUGGUUCAGUCAGCAGGAAACCUUGGCCUCAACACACACAUUCCUACACUGUAAGCCAAAUGACCCUGGAGCGCAUCGGUGCAGUGCCUGUCAUGGUGCCUGCCCAGAGUCGGGCUGGGUCUCUGGUAUAGGAUGACCGAGGAUGCUGUGUUUGGAAGAGAAUAAAUGGACUGCCUUCAGGCAAGGGGGAGCAUGGGAUGGGUGAGUGCUGGAAAGACAAACUUUGGUUACGAUUCCAUUAGCAAAAAGCACAAAGAAGAAGGCUGCUACGCUGUACCCUGGCCACCGAGUGUGUGAAGUGGCCCGGGGUUAUUCCACCAGGAAGACUCUAGAAGACUGUUUCCCCACCAUCGCUGUCCCGAGAUUCAGUUAAAACAAAACCUGCUGCAUCUCAAGAGAUGUGCCAAGCCAAGGAGAAUACUAGAAGCAGAGUAACACUUACCCCCAAACCGUGGUCCAGCUGGACCUGUACUUUAAUUCUUGCCUAACUUAAUAAUUUUCGGGACCCUUAAAGUGCCAGGUGGAGUUUACACAAUGAAAUUAUUUUUUUUAAAAAAAAUAGGUGUUCUUACGGGGGGGGGGGGGGGGGGGGGGCGGAAACAGGAACAAGCUUGUGGUCUGAUCUGGUCUGCCUCUCCCACUCCUUUUGAUGGCACUAGUGAUAGAUUCCAUCUGGGCUGACUUUAUCAUAGAGGCAAAAUUGUUCAGAACACUGGCUAGAGAUGGGAAAAAAUAAGGAAACUUCUUGUGAACACCCUACACACACACACACACACACACACACACACAAACACAUGUAUUUACCUCCUCCUGAACCAUGAGCUUCGUAUUGGGGAUUUUGCUGUAUUGACAGAUUCUUGUCUGUUACAGUCUGGGAUCUCUUACAGAUCCAUGGCAAUUAAUGUUCAUGAUUUCCUGAAAGAAAUAUUUUUUUAAAAGAAAACUAUUUUUUUUAAAUAGAGACAGUGGACUAGGAAAGCAAGAACUUAACGCCUGGUCCAGUGAUUGUAUUCAGUGACUCAGCAGAGGGCCCACCACACAAGAGUUUUAGGGGAUCGAGUGGGCGAAACCAGUCGGAGCUAGGUGGGAGGGGGCCUUUGUAUGGCCAGCAGGGCCCCAAAGAAUAGAGAUUGUGUAUGGCAACCUUGCUGUCACACAGGCCACCGCUAAUGAGGACAGCGCCUGACGCCUUUUGUACAGAGGAAGAUAAUUGCCUCUUGUUCGACAAGUAGAGUUUAGUAGGUUAUUACAGAAAGGGCAAGAGUUGUUUUGGUUCUGUUUCUUCAAAAGAUUUUUUUUUGCAAAAGAAUAAUGAGGGUUAAACAAAUGGGGGACCUUCCUGUGUGCUCUUGGGGGUCUGCCCAGCACCUGGAAAUUUGGGUGCGUGAUUUUCCCUGAACACAUUGCACACCAGUGUAAAAAGACUCCGCCUCCCCCCUUUUUGGCUAAUUACUUGGCGUGGCUGGCCUUGCAGUUGACCAGAUUCAUUCACAGACUCUGCUCUGUGUCUUGCCUUGUUUGUUUGUCUGUCUGUCCCUGUUUUGGUGACUAUCUUGCCUUAAUCACUUUGCUUUAGGGCAAAUGGUGAUUUCUUCCACGAUUUGUUUUUAAAUUGUUUGUACUACUCUGCCCACAACUCUCAGAGGACAUCUCCCUCCUCCUUUCUUACGUUGCUUUGUCCCUCUUCCACUGUACUUCCUGCCUUCUUUCCCUGACCUGUGGGCACAGUCCUCACAGGGAGUGGCCUCCUGUCUUCAGUUACCUGAGUGAAUGGAAACCAUCACUGGCGGCACAUGGUUUUCCAAGUGGGACACUCGGGAUGCCACAGUUGUGACCAUUUCAAUGUUGAUAAGAAGGUGAAUUUACUGCAGUGUUACCUUUCCCUCCCCCCAUUUGAUGGUUCUUGACUUUGUAAAAAUUUAAAUGAAUGUCUAUACUUUUUAAGGAAAAGUGAAACUACCGCGCUGCAGGAGAGAUGAAGCUGUUAGAUGCUGCUCAGAAGGCCUUCAUCUCGCAUUUCUUUAUUCUUUCUAAUUACUUAAAAUUCAAUAAAAGUUUAUUCAUAUAAAA